AUGUUCUCAUUCCUGCGUUCACCACUGCCGCCUCGCACGAAUAGGGCCGCCGACAACCCCAUCAUAUACGAAGAUGGAGCGUCUUUCCUCGAGUUCAGAGAGUCGGGUUCAAAAUACCUCUUGAAGAAUAUGCACCCACCCUUCGACCCCAACAAGCCGCGCUCAAUCAUGGUGCCUCCGUUCCAUUACCACAUCCACCAGGCCGAGCACUUCCUCAUCACAGAGGGCACGUGUCAUCUCUUCAAAGACACCAAAGACAAGCCCUGGAUGGUCAUCUCGGCCGACGAGCCUGGAGCUCAGAAGACGGCCGUCAUCCCAAAGCAAAUAUACCACACUCUGAACAACGCGUCCUCCACGAAGCCCAUGGUCAUUGACGUCAGCCUGACCCCCGAGGACUACGAGGGCGAACAGCGCUUCUUCCGGAACUUUUUUGGCUAUCUGGAUGACUGCAGAAAGGCAGGCCAGCCACCAAGCAAGUUCCAGCUCCUCGUAUUUCUCAAGUCAUCUGAUACUCCGGUAGGCAUAAACAUGUCUUUCAAGUGGCUGGGGCGUGUGGUGAGCAGGGUCUAUCUCAGCACCAUGGCCUGGUGGGGAUACUGGAUACUCGGGUACAAGGAGACCUAUCCCGAGUACUAUGCAGGAAAGAAGUCGCGAUAG